AGAAACCUUCUUGCUCCGAUGUCCGCCGCGAAUCCCUUCCCCAGGACCGAGGUCACGCACCCCAUCACAAAACAUGUCGAUGUUCUUCUCGCCGGCGACUCCUACCUGCGAACUUGCAUCGAAGCGGCGACCGAGCUGGGCAUCGACAGGACCCAGUUUGCGCUUAACGAGGCCAUCUCUUUUCGCGUUGCAGAGCAAGAGAUACACAGGAACACAUGGAUCUGCUGUCUUUGUCAGGGGACAUAUUCUCUUCUCGGAUUCCAGUACCAUGUCUGCGGCUACGAGGCCGCGGUCAUGACAGCGACAAUGUUGAUGUACACAGUACCGCAGCAGUACAUGGUCGCGGACUCGGUGACGACAUUACAAUACCUCAAAACGGGCACUGAGAUGGCAAACAACGGAUGGGCAUCAUUGAUGUGGAAACUUCUGACGCAGCACAUUGUUACCCUCUUCCUUACUUGCAUGAACGAAGUGGACCUCCCGAUGCGGCAGAUAUUAGAAGAAGACCUGCUCGAAGACUCCAUCGUCUCCUCUCCCCAGACACGAGCAAACCUCGAAGCGCACGUCCGUGCGCUAGAACGAGCAGCAGCAGAAGAGUACGAAUCUGACGAGUCGGAGUGAAUUCAGUCCAGGGACUGAUGCGGCUACCAACUCCCCUUU